AUGCUGUCGCAAUACACUCUCUCGGCAGUGGCGCUUUUGGCGUCGCUCGCCCAGCCUGCCCUCGCCCAGGUCUCGACCAAAUGCAACCCGAUGAAUACCACUUGUCCAGCCGACCCGGCCUUCGGCAUGGAUUUCAACUUCAACUUCAACGCCACUCCCUCCACCGAUGCUUGGGAGACCACGGUCCGCCCUGUCAAGUACACCAGCGAGAACGGGGCCGAGUUCACGAUUAGCAAGCAAGGCGACUCCCCUACAAUCCGAACCAAGUUCUACUUCUUCUUCGGCCGCACUGAGAUCCACAUGAGAGCAGCUACUGGCAAGGGAAUUGUGAGCUCCAUGAUGUGGCUCAGUGAUACACUGGAUGAGGUUGAUUGGGAAUUCCUGGGCGUCAACAACGACGCUUUGAGCAACUACUUCGGCAAGGGUGUCGAAGACUUCAAGAACGGCGCCGAACACCCCGUCACGGGAAGCAUUCAUGACGACUUCCACAACUACACCACUGUCUGGACCAAGGAUCAGCUCGAAUGGUGGGUAGAUGGUAACAUGGUUCGCAAGCUACUUCCCGCCGACGCCAACAACACCAAGGCCUACCCUCAAACCCCCAUGCGCCUCAGUCUUGGUAUCUGGGCAGGCGGUGAUCCUCGUAUGGCUCCAGGUACCAGAGAGUGGGCUGGAGGAGACACCGAUUACGCCGCCGGCCCGUACACGAUGUACGUCAAGUCUGCGCAGGUCACCGACUACAGCUCCGGCAAGGAGUACUCCUUUGGCGACAAGUCUGGUUCGUGGGAAAGCAUCAAGAUCACUGACGGCAACUCUACCGUCAAGGAGGCUCUUCUCGCAGAGCCCAGCAAGUCUGUUAGUGAAAAGUUCGACUCGCUCAACCCUACUGCCAAGACUGCUGUCUAUGCUUCCGGCGUUGGUGUUGGCUGCGCUCUCAUUGCCUUCGGUCUCUGGUACUUCAUCCGUCAACGCAAGCGCGGUGCUGCCGAGAACCGUUUGAGAGAGGCCAAGGCUGAGGAGGAGCGUCUUGAGAUGGAACGCUUCCAGAAGAGUGGUAUCGACCCCGACUCUUUCAACGGAUCAACGGGCACCGAGUACAAUGCUAGGGAUUGGAGCAAGAACGGCAUGGUUCAAGAGAACUCCUACAGUGUCCCUGCGACUCAGGAGAAGUCCGUCUGGGAUGCCGCCCCGGCUGCUGCCGUCGGCGCCGGUGCCGCGACUGGCAUGCAGUCUUACAGCGAUUCCCGCAACGGUCAGACUCCCGUUCUGCCUCCGCUGAGAACGCAAAGCCCGAGCGCGCCCCCUUCGGGCCCCCUUCCCAUGGCACCUAGCCGCAAUGUUUCUAGCGGCGGCUACUCAAGACUCGGCUCUCCUGACCAGCAUAGCCCUCCGCCUAUGAGCCCUCCUCAUGGCGGCUACAGCGACAACGCUUUUGGCAACCAACAAGGCUUUGGCAACAACAGCUACGGAGGCGCCAACCAAGGCUACCAGGGCGGCUUCCGGUGA